UUUGGGUAACGAAGAGUAUUUCCUUCUCCUUACGUCUGCCCAGUUCACUGUAUUGUAGUCUCUCUCUCUCUCUCUGGGCUGUAGAAAAUAAUCGAGCUCAACCAGAUCUGGUGCUUUGUCUAUGGCUGCCGAGAUGACCUACGGAGGAGCCUCUUCUUCCUCCCGUCAGUGGAAAUAUGAUGCCUUUCUGAGUUUUUUCAGUCAGGACACUCGCGAAAGCUUCACCAAUCACCUCUUUCACGAGUUGGUUCAGAAUGGGAUUAACACUUUUAGAGAUGACGAUGAGCUACAGAGAUGGGAGGAUAGCUCUUUGAAACUUAAGGCAGCCAUCGAAGGUUGUAGGAUUGCCAUUAUUGUCCUCUCCACUAAUUAUGUUUCUUCGAUCUGGUGCCUUGAUGAACUGACGAGGAUCAUGGAGAGCAAAAAAGAUGGCCUAAUAGAAAAGGUUCUGCCUGUUUUCUAUAAGGUGGAUCCAUCGGAUCUUAAGUAUCUGCGUAACACUUCUGCAAAGGCAUUUAUGAGACACGAAGUGCGUUUCAAGGAUGAGAUGGGGAAGGUAGAGAAAUGGAGGGCUGCUCUUACAGAAGCUGCGAAUUUGUCAGGAUGGGUUGUUGAUAAUGGGGAUGAGACAAAGCUCAUAAUGAAAAUUGUUGAAGAAGUGUUGGCAAUAGUGAACCAGACACACUUGCAUGCUGCAGCAUAUCCAACUGGGUUAGAUUCCCACAUUGAGCGUAUAGGUUAUAUGGUAAAUGAUGGAUUGGAUGUUGUUCGUAUCAUAGGGAUAUAUGGCUCCGGUGGAAUAGGUAAGACAACUAUAGCGAAGGCCAUUUUCAAUGUCAUGUUAGAAAAUUUUCAAGGUAGCAGCUUUCUUUCUAAUGUUAGAGAGGUUUCAACCCAGCAAAAAGGUUUAGCUCUCUUACAUAAACAACUUCUCUCUGAUGUCUUGAAGAUAAAAGACACAAUAGACAUAGACAAUGAGGAUGAAGGAAUCAAUAUCAUCAAAGAACGUUUAUACUACAAAAGAGUUCUUAUUGUUCUCGAUGAUGUGGAUGAAGUGAAACAAUUCCAUAAAUUGGUUGGAAGUCAUGGUUAUUUUGGCCAGGGAAGUCGAAUCAUCUUAACAACCAGAGAUGAACAAUUGCUAAAUACGCUGGAAGUGGAUGAAAAAUACAAAUAUAAAGUUGAGACAAUGAAGCAAAAUGAAUCCCUUCAACUUUUUUGUUGCCAUGCCUUUCGACAAAAUCAUCCAUUAGAAGGCUAUGCAGAACUCUCAUAUGAUGUAAUAAAUUAUGCAGGGGGCCUUCCACUAGCACUUGUGGUUUUGGGUUCUCUACUAUACAAAAAAAGUCAAGUUGAGUGGAAAAGUGAAUUGAAGAAAUUAAAAGAGAUACCCCAUAGUCGGAUGUUAGAAAAACUUGAAAUAAGUUACAAUUUAUUAGAUGAUUCCAUCCGAAUGAUAUUUCUUGAUAUAUCAUGCUUUUUCGUUGGAAAGGAGAAAGACAUUGCAAUUAAAAUUCUAGAUGGUUGUGGUAUGGCCGGGGAAGCUGGAAUUAAACUUCUCACAGAGAGGUCUCUGGUAACUAUCAAUGAAGAUAACCGGAUAUGUAUGCAUAGUCUGAUUCGAGACAUGGGAAGGGAAAUUGUUCGUGAACAGUCCCCUACAGAACCUGGAGAACGUAGCAGAUUGUGGGGCCACAACGAUGUCCUUGAUGUAUUGACAAACCUCACUGGAACUGAUGCAGUUGAAGGCCUUCAAUUACAAGGGAAAGAGUUUGAUGCAGUUGAAGACCUUCAAUUAAAGAGGAAAGGUUUCAGCCCAUUGAAAAUUGAAGGAUUUUCUAAAAUGCAUAAUCUUAGAUUACUCGAAGUUGAUUGCCCAAAAUCCAACAUCAAUAUAAUUUGGGAAAACACUCUUCAAGAGCAGGUUUUUUGUUUCAGAAACUUAGUUUGGGUAAGUUGGAAAGAAUUCCCCUUCAAAUAUAUACCAAAUAAUUUUCAUCUGGGAAAUCUUGUUAUUCUUGACAUGCAAAAAAGCGAACUCCAAGAAGUUUGGAAGGGAACCAAGAAUCUCAUAAAGUUGAAGGACCUCAAUCUUAGUAAUUCUCCUUACCUAAUCAGUACACCGGACUUCUCAGAGCUCCCGAAUCUUGAGAAACUGAUUCUCAAUGGCUGCAAAAGUUUGGUUGAAGUCCAUGAGAGUAUUGGUAGUCUUAAGAAACUUGUUAACUUGGAUCUAGGGAACUGCAACAUUCUUAAGAAUCUUCCGAGCGGUAUUAGUGCAUUGGCAUCGCUUGAAACACUUGAUAUUUCUCAUUGUAGCACUCUGAGUAAGCUUCCGACUGGUGUUUCUUUCUGCUCAAAACUUGAAACUUUGAGCGUGUCGAAUUGCCCGAGACUCAAAUCACUCCCAUUGCUUCCAUCAAGUUUACGUUCUCUUUAUGCAUCAUCUUGCAGCAUGUUGAAAAGGUUACCGACUUUGUCAAAUUUGAAGCACCUAAUGAUGCUAGAUCUUUCAUGCUGUGAAAAGCUAACUGAAAUUGAGGGCUUAGAGAGUUUGAAGUCUGCAACAACUAUAAGACUAAAUGAGUGCGUUAAUCUGAAAAAAUCUGUCAAGAAGAGAAUCUUCGAGGAGAUAUGUAAAGACCUUCGAAAUAAUCCUGAACUGUGCAAGAUCUUUUUGGGAGGAAAUGAGGUUCCAGAGUGGUUUGGUUUUCAAAGUGAGUCUUCACUUCCAUUAUCUUGUGAGGUUACUCGACUUCCUAACAAGGAAAUUCAAGGGUUAAUCAUAUGCAUUGUUUGUUCUCACACCACAAGAGAAGAAUGGUGUUUCGACAACUUGUUUAAAGUAGUGGUUGCAGUUUUUAUUGAAUCAAUGGAUUCUACAUGGAGCCAUAGAAGUGAAAUUUCACUUGAUCGUAAAGGAAUGACUACUUAUGUGAUCAAGAUACCGAAUUGUGUUUGGAAAUCAAUUGCUGCGUAUGGGGAUACUAUCAAAGUUUCAGUCGAUGGAGGUUCUCACUACGAUGUGAUAUCUGGGAAGGUGAAGAAGAUUGGGGUGAAGAAAAUUGGGGUCCAUUUCAUCUAUGCAUCACAGCAUGAGAAUGUAUCCGAUGAGGAAAAUCCUGAAGCAUGCCUAAGCAUUCAUCGUUUUGGAUUCCUUCGACCGUGUGGGAGGUUUUUCCGAUCUCAGUGUAAUGGCGAGGGUGGUAGCAAACAACAGGAAGCAGAAGGAAUUGUAGAAGGUGUGGAAGCAGCAAAAACUCUGGAUAUGGAACAUAGAGCAGCGAAGGUAGAGUGCUCCUACAAAAAUAUGAGAGAUGUGAAGUGUUGUGCGGUCCUUCAAUUUGAGAAAUGCGAUCCCCAGUUGACAAUAACUGUUGCGACAUUGGAUGAGGCGAAGCUCAUAGGGAAAAUUGUUGAACAUGUAUUGUCAAUAACAAACCAGACACACUUGCAUGUUGCAGAAUAUCCAAUUGAGUUAGAUUCCCACAUUGAGCGUACUACCUGUUUGCUAAAUGAUGGAAUGGAUGUUCGCACCAUAGGGAUAUGUGGUCUUGGUGGAAUAGGUAAGACGACCAUAGCAAAGGCCAUUUUUAAUGUCAUGUUUACAAAAUUUGAAGGUAGCAGCUUCCUUGCUAAUGUUAGAGAUGCUUCAAACCAACAAAAGGGUUUAGCUCUCUUACAAAAGCAACUUCUCUCCGAUGUUUUGAAGGAAAAAUAUAUAGACCUAGACAAUGAGGACCAAGGAAUCAUUAUUAUCAAAGAGCGUCUACAAUAUAAAAAAGUUCUUAUUGUUCUUGAUGAUGUGGAUGAAAUGGAGCAAUUUGAUAAAUUAGUUGGAGGUUGCUUUGGUCCAGGAAGUCGAAUCAUCCUAACAACUAGGGAUGAACAUUUGCUAAAUGUGCUAAAGGUGGAUGAAAAAUAUAUGGUCCAAACAUUGGAUCAAAAUAAAGCCCUUCAACUUUUCAGUAGGUAUGCCUUUCGACAAGAUCAUCCAUUAGAAGGCUUUGAGCAGCUCUCAAAUGAUGACAAAGACAUUGCAAUUAAAAUUCUGGAUGAUUGUGGUUUGCCCGGGGAAGCUGGAAUAAAACUUCUCAUGGAGAGGGAAAUUGUUCGUCGACAGUCCCCUGAGAAUUCUGAAGAUCGUAGCAGAUUGUGGGACCAGGAUGAUGUCUUGGAUGUAUUGAGAAACCUCCGUGACGGGGUUUUUUUUUUCAGAAACUUAGUUUGGGUUUGUUGGAAAGAAUUCCCUUUUGAAUAUAUACCAAAUCAUUUUCAUCUUAGGAACCUUGUUAUUCUUGACAUGCAAGAGAGCAAACUCAAAGAAGUUUGGAAGGAAACAAGGAAUCUCACAAAGUUGAAGGAACUCAAUCUUAGUAAAUCUCCUUACCUAAAACGUACACCGGACUUUUCAAAGCUCUCGAAUCUUGAGAAACUGAUUCUCAAUGGAUGUAAAAGUUUGGUUAAAGUCCAUAAGACUAUUGGUCUUCUUAAGAAACUUGUUUACUUGGAUCUAGUGGAUUGCAGCGAUCUCAGGAAUCUUCCAAGCCGUAUUAGUAAAUUGGCAUUGCUUGAAACACUUGACGUUUCUUGUUGCAGCAAUCUCAGUAAUCUCCCGAGUGGUAUUUCUUUUUGCUCAAAGCUUGAAACCCUGAACAUGUGGAAUUGCCCCAGACUCAAAUCACUCCCAAUGCUUCCAUCAAGUCUGCGUUCUCUUUAUGCAUCAUGUUGCAGCAAGUUGAGAAGGAUACCAAAUCUGUCAAAUUUGAAGUACCUAAUGAAGCUAGACCUUUCAUGCAUUGAAAAGCUAACUGAAAUUGGGGGCUUAGAUGGUUUGAAGUCUGCAACAACUAUAAAACUAAAUGAGUGCGUUAAUUUGAAAACUUCUGUCAAGAAGAGAAUCUUCCAGGAAAUAUCUAAAGACAUUGGAAAUACGGAAGUGUGUAAGAUCAUUAUGGGUGGGAAUGAGGUUCCAGAGUGGUUUGGCUUUCAAAGUGAGUCACCUUCGUUGUCUUGCGAGGUUACUUAACUUCACAACAUGGAUAUUCAAGGGUUAAUUAUAUGCAUUGUUUGUUCACACACCAUAAGAGAAGAAUGGUUGUUCGACAACUUGUUUAAAGUAGUGGUUGCAGUUUUUAUUGAAUCAAAGAAUUCUACAUGGAGCCAUAGAAGUGAAAUUUAAAGGAAUGACUACUUAUGCUAUCAAGAUACCGAAUUCUGUUUGGGAAACAAUUGCUGAAUAUGGGAACACGAUCAAAGUUUCAGUCGAGGGAGGCUCUCACUAUGAUGUGAAAUCUGGGAUGGUGAAGAAAAUUGGGAUGAAGAAAAUUGGGGACCAUUUCCUCUAUGUGUCACAGGAAAAUCCCCAAGCAUCCCUAAGAAUUCAACGUUUUGGGUUCCUUCAAUCAUUUGGGAGGCUUUUCCAAGUUCAAUAA